GUCUACCCUCUCUGCCUCCUUUAUUAGAUUUUAUAUUUAUUUUUUUAAUAUUUUUGUAGUAGGAGACUGAAGAUAGAAGUUGGAACUUGCAGCAUAACCUUUAAUAUUAUUGUUUUCUUAUCACAGUAAGUGUGGUUAAGUUGUGAAACAGUUUUUUCAAGAACCGUUACAUUUUAUUUGAGAAAAUCCACGGAAAUGGCUGAACCAUGUGGAACUGCCCACGACCCUCCAGGUCAAAUCGACCUUGAUGAAAUUACACAGAAAGCCCAUAAACUUUUGCAGGAAGCUAUUGUAAAAUCUAAUAAAUUACCAAGAGAUUUGUCAUGGAAACUUUAUGCAUCACAUCGCCAUUUUAGAAAUGCCACUGAUCAAGUCAGCAAGAACACUAUAGUAUUAUCUAAUUAUUUAAUAAAUCAUGACUACCCCAAACAAGCUAAUUUUAAAAACGGAGAAAUAGAAAAUAAUUUAGAAAAGCUUAUGGAUAUUAACAAUGAUGAACUAGAUAAAGUGAAGUUGAAGAUUGAGAAAGUAAAAAAUGGAGACAAUCAUACAAAUGAGCAGAUUUUCAACAAACCAAUUGUCAAUCCUUUCAUGACAUUUAGAAGGAACAAUACAUUGAGUUUAUUACCUGAUAGUAACACAGUCAUGCCUCAAAUAAACUUCAAAGACAAAAUUGAUAACACUAACUCACUUUGGCAGCCUAUUAUUAAAUAUAAACCCAACAAUAUACAACCUCUUCAGGUCCAACUUGAGGUUGAUGAUGAUGGCAAUGAUCUCGGAUACACACACCCUUACCAAAUUGAGUUAGAUCUGUAUGAACCUCCCAAACAUUUUUUGGAAGAAGAUGAUCAACCCUUAGAAUUUCCACCUCCAAUUGAAUCCACAAAGUUCACAUAUGUUGAUACAAUCAAACAACUUCAGAAUCUUGUUGAUGAACUACAUCUUGCUGAUGAAAUAGCAGUGGAUUUGGAACACCAUAGCUAUUAUUCUUACCAAGGUUACACAUGUUUGGUUCAAAUUUCCAUUGCAAAUCAGGAUUUUGUGAUUGAUGCUUUGAAGCUCCGCGAACACUUGCAUCUUCUGAAUGAAUCAUUUACAAACCCGAAGAAACUAAAGGUGUUUCAUGGUGCGUGUAAUGACAUAAGGUGGCUACAACGUGAUUUUGGUGUGUAUGUAGUAGGAAUGUUUGAUACAUACGAGGCCUCUUUGGUUCUUAAUUUCAAAGGGAAAAAAUUGUUAGACCUCUUAAAGCGAUUCUGCAAUGUUGAAACGGAUAAAAGAUAUCAAAUGGCGGAUUGGCAAAUAAGACCUUUGCCCAGUGAAAUGAUUUUAUACGCCCGAAGGGAUACCCAUUAUUUGAUAUAUAUUUGGCGCGAAAUGAAAAAGUUGUUAUUGAGGGAUCCGAACGGAAUGAAUUUAAGACAAGUUUUUGAAAAUAGCAAGCGUAUUUGUUUAUAUAAAUACAUGAAACCAAAAUUUACACAAUCUAGCUAUUUGGAGUUAUAUAAUCGGUCUAACAAAACAUUCAACUCCCGGCAGCUGGCUGCAUUCAAAUUAUUAUUCAAAUGGAGAGAUAACCAAGCUCGAACUGCAGAUAGAAGUGUUGAAUAUAUAAUGAACAAUUCCAUAUUAUUCAAAUUGUCCGAGGAAUUACCAGGCGACACGGAAACUGCCCUGCGAUGUUGUCAAGGUGCCAAUCCAACUUUGAAAAAUCAUUUGGUCAUGAUACUACCUAUAUUAAUAUCGUGUCGGGAUUUACCGUUGGAACCUACUCUCUACCAUACACCAGCGUCAAUUAUGAGUGCAUUAGAACACGUCGAACAAGAAAAUCAGAGUGAAAUGUUACAUGCAUUUUCAAGUGAUGUGACCAAACAAGAAGAGUCAUUAACAACUUUGGCGCCAUACGUCCCCACUCCAGACAUACUCGCCUCGAUUUCUAGUACUUUGGCUCAGAACAUUUACAGAAGAAGAUUCCUUCCACCCUAUGAGAGAUACAAAUUCUACCGUAAUCUGCUUCGGAAAGAAUACUUUGGGAAGCUAAUCAAUUAUAUCCAAGGCAGUGACCAGAGUACUGAUCAACCUGCAAAAAGUAAUAAAGAGGAUGCUGCCUACAAAGUGAACUCUGAACCCUAUCUGCAACUAAAGUUAACCAAUCCCGCUUCAAACGAUAAUGGUGAAGGCCCCAGCUGUAGUGGUAUAAGGAAUCAACAGGCCAAUGUAACUGGAAAUUAAUAACUCAAUAGAAAGAACUUUAACCAUUAAUUGGUCGCCUAAAGAGUUGUAGUAAGGUCGCUUUUUAAUAGACUUGCAACGAAUAGUAUAUUCGGCAGUAUACCGAAUACCGAAUAUUCGGCGGGGCUUCUGACCGAAUAGCCGAAUAUUAGGCAAAAGUAUUCGGCUGGAUUUUAGCGCCAGAAACUUGUACUUGUAAAAAUGUAGAAAAGUUAGUUUUUCUGCACUAUAACCUUCCCCUUUUAAAUUUUGAUUAUGAAAAUAAUUCAAAUGCAUAGAAAAAUUCUUAACUUGUUAAAUAAAGAAAAUGAUUAAAUUAUGUACCUGUUUUAUAUACCAAUGACUACUUAAAUGAUUAUAACAGAAAUGAAAAUAUCAAUAUAUCGCUGCUUUGCAUGAAUAACCGCAUAAUCCAAAAACACACAAUUUUACAGGGUAGCUGUUAUUUGAAAAUUAAACAAAUUUUUUACUGUCAUAACUUUUCAUGUAUUUAAUCAAUAGAAGAAUAGAAUGUAUAAAUCGAAAGUGCAUUAAUCAAGGUUUAAUUAAAAUCUAAAUAUAUAGGUUUUGAGCUGCUAAUACCUUAAUUAAUAAUUAAAAACUAUGCUUUAUUCGACUUGUUACAAAAUGAGUUUUGGCAUAUUAUCAUGAAUAGGAACAUAAAUCAAAAUAAUAUACUUGAGUAGUUCUCAAUUUUACUUUUAUAAUAGUAUAACUGGUAAUAUGAUCUACAAGAUAUUCAGAAAUAUCUGUAAUAGUAACACAAUAACGAUUAAGAUAAUAUUAAAGAAAAGUAUGUUCAAACACAAAUCAAUUUAUUAGUUUUAUGUUGAAGCCAUCGAAACAAUUUUUUCUGUAGAAUAAUACAUUUCUGUUUAUUAUAUUAGUGCAUUAUGCUAAUUAACAUGAAAUUCAGAGAUUAAACAAACCUGUGGAAAAGUAUUUUUAGAAGAAAAUGCUGUCAUACAAAAUAUAUAACAUAAGUCCACAAUUUGUUAUAACUUGCAGUAUGACUAUAACCCAGAUACCUACCGGUAUGCACUAUGUAUGAAUAGCUAUUAUGUACUGGUUCUUUUGCUGUCCGCAGCAAUUGUCGGAAUAAAAUAUUACAUCUAAUUUUGAAUCUAGUUCUUCAGCUUUAAGCUUUAAAUUCUGUAUGUAUUUGAGCAAACAAGAUCCUAUUUCUGUAGCACCACGUUUAGCUUCACCUUCAUGCCAGACAUAACAUGCAGUGUCUGUAGAUUUGAUAUCGCAUAUUGUGAAAUUAUACGUAUUUAAUUUCGAUACGUAAUAAAAGUUUGAUGCAUCUCCUCUAGGACAGGGCAUUGCAGCCUGAAGAUCAUAAACUAAUACAAUACAAUUAUCAGGAGUAAAUUUUUUGUCAUCUUCUUUAUUUUGCCUUGACAAAUCUUUCUCUGUUAAAUGCCUAUCAAACUUUUCCUUCAGCUCUACCUUAUCGUUUUCUGUGGCAUUACUAUAUGAUGUACAAUCCUCACACUGAUCUUUUUUCGGUUGGAAAAAGGCAAUAUUGAAUUCUUUGUUAAAGAUCCUGUAAUACAUAAGGUAAUUGGCGCUUGGUAAAUUUUUUGACUGACAGUCGAGUUCGUAAUCCCUAUGUAAGUCUGCUACAGUUUUGCCGCUAUCAAUAUAAAGCCUUUUUGUGUCUUCACGGCAGUAGUGACUAUUUAUCUUUGGGAUUGAGUUGAUGUGUCCAAUAAUACCUUUAACAUGUUAGCUGUGUUUACCACGAUUAUCCAAAUCUAACAUGCCACAUGAAUUCUUCUUCUUUUGAAGAACAGUUCGGAUAGAGGCAUCAGUUAUAUCUAGGGUAGCUUUAAAAAAUACUUUACACACACGAAUUCUCUCAUUAUAAAAAGCAUUGUUUUUCCCCCGGUUACUGUUAUGCAUCUUAUAUGAAUAUCUUGGUUCAAUGACGGAAAGAUGGCGUAAAAUAAAAUCUCGUUGCCUUUGCAGAUCUCCCAUGCCCCAAAAGCAUUCAAAAAUUUCUUUGCGUUGUGAUUCUGUAAUAUUUUGAGUACACUUUUGUUUGCAUUUAUCAGUACAUGGUGUUUUUAGAGACUUUGCGGGCACAACGGUUUUUCCUUUUUUAGAAUUGGAUAUAUAGGACUUACCAGAGUUUCUCAGGAAUUUUUGCCUUGUUACGCAACCUGUUAUUGGGUGUAGAUUUUCGUUUUCCUCCUUUAUUUGAAUUGGUAUUGUCUUCACAAUCAAUAUAUUGUGUAGAAUUGGUAUUAGAACUAAGCACCAAAGAACUUGGAGGUGUAUUAGCUGUAGAACGUGAAGUUGAAGGUACUGGCUCAAUCGAAUCAUAGCGAGAAUCUUCGAUGCAAUUAGCUAUUGUAGGAAAUAUAUUCACCCUGGACUGAACCACUGCUGUUAAACGUUCAUUAUUCAAUUCAUCGUCUGAUGAAGUCUCGGAAUCUUCUGACCUAGAUCCACCACUUGAGCUGGAUGAACUAUCGCUUGAGCUACUACUAGAUUCUGUUUGGGGCUAUCGGCAUAGGUAUUGGUGAACUUGUUUGGUUUUUGGUGGAAACAUCGUUACUGAAAUUGUCAUAUUGUUUUUCAUUCAAAUCUAUUCCACACAUCAAUUUAAAAACUUGGCGUUCAUUUCUCAAAAGAGACACAGAACAGGAUGUAUCGAUAUCUACAUAAUCAGGAUCCUUCACACUAUCAUCUGAGCAAAAAUCUUCACUAAAAUUAGCGAUUUUUUUUUUCAAUGUUAUCUUUAGCCUUGGGAGACUGAAUGAACUGUUCCUUUUUAGUGAAUUGUAUGGAUGUUGAAGUCUUAGGUUGAAGGUGUAUAAUAUCUUCAUUAUCUUGUUUGAGGUUCCGGAUUAUUUGUAGGGUACGGGGAUUCGGCACUGUAAAUAAAAAGAACAAUUCAUAAAAUAACGAACCACACCAUACCUACCAUGCCAUGCCACGUCAUCACACACCACACGCCCACACCACAACACAACUAAACCACAAGGUGUCGGCAGAGGUCAUACAUUCACCCGCAUUUCGCCAGAUAUGUUUUUAGGUUUCAUGGAUACGUUAUAGGGGCGAGCCUUUUGCUGUUCAUCGGGCACAAUUUCUAACCCCGAGUUGCUCUUUAGACUUUUCUAAAUUAGAAAUAACGAAAACCACGUUUACUGCUCGACCCAGGAUUCGAACCCGGGACAUCGCGAUUAUAUAAGGCCCUAUGCAAUGAGCCAGGAGCAACACAAAAAAACUAUAAAAACACGUUAUACUUGUAUUAUAUCGUUAAAAGUAACUUAACUUGCUUUCGGUUCUAAAUUAUUGAGCUUUAUUUCUAAGCAAUAAUAACCUAUUUCGUAAAUAUGUUAAAAGAUUUUGUUAUUUCUAUCUUGAAUAAACAAAUAAAACUUAAUAAGUAUUAUUGUCUUACUUACUCUUUCUCUUAAUGUUGUACUUAACACUAAAUGCAGCACUUUUCAACAAAAAAAUUUAUCGAAAAUUGACACAAUUUUGUCUUGAAUAAUCAAACAACUCAAAAUGAAUCAAUAUUGCAGAAAAUAUUACUAAACUUUAAACACUCGAUUAUUUAGAAAUGUGGUUUUAUCCAGGAAAGUUUUAACGUGGUCACGCGAAAACAAUAAUAGCAACUGGCGAUCGUCGACUGUUGCAGAAAUAUGGCGUGAUAAAUCAACCACAUAACGACAUUUUUACGCGCCACUACGCCGGUUUUGCCAUUAUGAACGUGAAUUACAUUAUAUUGAUACAACUUGAAAGGCAAGUUCUUUAGCGUAGCGUUUACUAAAGCAAGUAGCGUUUACAUGUUUCAACUAAAGUACUAUCCUAAAGCACUCUCCUAAACACUAAGAUAAUGUAAAUCGGCCUUUACUGACCAUUAAAUAAGGACUAUUUUCCAUUUGGCUGUGUUAUAAACCAGUAUUUUCAAAAUUUUGGUUUGUGCGGGUAUUCAUGCAAAGCAGCGAUAUACGUAAUCAAUCGAUUUUAAUUUUUAAUUUCACCAAUUAUUUCUCUAUGACAAAAAUAUGUUAUUUAAAUAUUAUAUUCGUUCAAGUCUACUUUUUAAUGUAAAUACUAAAUCACUUUUGGAAAGUUAGUAGAGAACAGUAACAUACAUCGCAAACAUUUUAACACUAGAAUAAUUAUAGUACAAGUUUCUUGUACUUGGACAUUAUAUGGUACCGAGCCAUACUAUCUUUUUACUUUUUCCGUUAUAUUGUUAUAUCACUCUUGCCAUUAGACAGACAGAAAAUAGUUAAAUAUGUAUUGUACAGGUGCCAUAUUCCCUGCCCAUUUUCAGUUAUACAUGACUCUUCUUUUAAAAUACCUUAUCACUUUCCAUUAGUGCAUUUGGCAUAUUUCUGCUAAUCUAAAAGAAGGAUACCAUCAAAGCUAUAUAAUAACACCAUUUAAAAUUAUUAAAACCAAAAUUAUAUAUUUAAUUCACUCUCAAUGAUCAACGCUAAAUUCAAUUUUUUAAAAGUUACGAACAUGAAAACUUUGGGGUCCCCGACACAACGUCAGCAAUUAAGUGUUAAAUAGAUUUUGUUACUAUGUUAUAACUUUUUAUUCAAGACUGAUAUUAAUGUGACGUUGAAUACUAAUAUUUUUAUUUCCGAUUAAUUUGUUUGUAUUUUAUAAUUUCACGUGACGUAUCUUUAAUAAAAUUUUAUUAGUAAAUUGUAUGCCAACUAAGAAGAAAGUAGUGGCUCUAUUAAAACGCUAUGUAACAGUUCAAUUUACGAUUAUAAAAGUAGCCCCUAUGCUUCGUGGGGAUCACAGUUUGUAUGGUCACUAGGUUCUUGGCAGAGUGGGGUCGUUUGUAAGGUGUUUAAUGUCAUUACAGACGAAGCCCUUAGUUGCCCUGAAGUCCGAUUAUAUAUAUGUGAGCAUCUCUAUAAUUUUAAAUUGAGCUAACUUUUAUAUUGUAAAUAUAAUUAUAAGAUUAAAAAACGCUAAAACGAAA